AUGCUCACGGCUCGUUUUCGGAUAAGAAGCAUUAUUUUGUCUGGCGGCAGACUUUUAUCAACCGAAGCUUCAAAAUGUUCUGAUAUGCCCAUCGACAUACCAAAUCCAUACAAAAGCAAACCACGACAAUGUUUUAUCUGCAAAAAUAACAUUGACUUAGAUUACAAGAAUGUUCAACUUUUAUCUCAAUUUGUGUCCCCAUACACUGGUCGAGUUUAUGGUCGACAUAUAACAGGUCUUUGCAUCCCAAUGCAAAAGCGCGUUUCACAGCUUAUUGAAAGGGCCCGUUUUAUGGCCCAUGAAAUGAAGGAAACGGUAUUCUUUGACGAUCCUAAUAUCCUCCAAAACAAACGCUCGACCUAA